ACUACAAUCCCAUUUUUCGAAGUCUAGACAGACACUAGAGAGAAAGGAGAAAUCUUGGGAAUCUCGGAGGAGAGCGGCGGCGACAGAAGGAAGGGGUUGGUUGGGGAUUAUGAAGCUGUCGGCGAAACCCAUUUCGAGUCCGGGUCGGGUGGAGAAGUUUCCACCGCCAUUGAUGCGGUUCCUGAGGAGCAAUGUCGGGAGCAAGAGCAGGGGGAGGUCGCGUUCAAGUCCCUUGUUUUUUCGGAAGAAGAACACUGCCAUUGAGACGCAAGAGCCGUCGUCUCCGAAGGUAACAUGCAUGGGGCAGGUCCGGGUCAGGCGGUCGAAAAAAUCCCACAAAACGCCCGCUCGCCCCCACCGAAACGGUGCGCCGAUGCGGCGGCGGUUCAAAAGGAUCCGAAAUGCGCUGUGUUGCCGUCACAUCGGUUGGAAACUGAAGGCGAAGGCGUUCAGACCCUCAUGGCGGAAGUGGGUAUUUUCAUUUCAUUGGUGUUCUCUCCGAAAACCCAAGAUUAGGGAAGAUUCAUCAAGAAUUGAAUCAAAUUUAGGAAGCAAGAUUGAAGCUUCAGUCCGAAAAACUGAAGAAGAAACCGACGAGGACUAUGAGGAAGAAUCCAAGGUUUUUGCAUCUUCUCCUUCUUCACCACCCAAAAACGCUUUGUUGUUGACUCGAUGUAGGUCCGCGCCGUACAGAUCUUCUUCUUUAGCAGUAAGAUUUUGGGGUUCCCCAUUAUCCACUGAAGAAACAGAACCCGAACCAGAACCAGAAGAAACAACAAGAACAGAGCCAGAAAACAGAGAAUCAGACAACCCCACGUUGGAAAGAGAGUCCAUUAGCAGGGAUUCAGAUCAAGAAUCAGAAACAGAUCCAGAAACUGAAGAAAAGCAGGGUUUCCUUAAUCAAUUCGAAGAAAAAAUUGCAAACUCUGCAAACAGUGAGGAACCAAAGGCAGAGCAAUUAUCAACCAUCCGGCCUCUGAUUCUGACGAGGUGUAAAACAGUACCCGCGAGAACGGCAGCAAAACUGGAUCCAGACUUGACUUUCUGGAAGAAAAGAAGUAUAGGUUUCAUGUGAUUGAUUCGAGUUCAUCCCUUUUCCCCUCAGGUUCUCCCAACCAGGUCUAGUUUUUGGAAGCUUUUUUUUUUUUUUUUGUGAAUUUCUUAAUUAUAUUUUGACAUUUGGAGCUGUAUGAGAGAAUCUCAAUGGCUUCAUGGCAAUAUAUAAAGCUACACUGAAAGAUGAAACAACAAAAAAAUUUUGUUUAUUUGUGUUGAUCAUCUUCUCUCUGCUGCAAUAUCUCUCAUGUGCAGUUGUAUUUACUUUG